AUGAACGUCAACAAGAAAUUCGAUCGUUUCAAGCAAUGGGCCGGGGAGAGAAUGGGGGGCGAGGCCAAGACAAAUCUAUCGGAUGAUUUCAAAGCAUUGGAGGCGGAAAUGAACCUCAGACAUGAAGGGAUGGAUCGAUUGCAUAAAUCCAUGACCGCAUAUAUAAAAGCCAUAUCGAAGCGCAGUGAGGGAGAAGAUAAGGAGAAAACUCUUCCUAUUGCUCACCUGGGUAGCUGCAUGGUCAACCAUGGAGAAGAGUUUGACACGAAUUCCCAAUUUGGACAAUGCCUGAUAUUAUGUGGAAGAACCCACGAACGUCUGGCGCGGAUGCAGGAGAGCUACGUUAUGCAAGCGACAUCGAGCUGGCUUGAGUCGCUUGAACGAUCUCUCGCCCAAAUGAAGGAUUAUCAGCUCGAGAACCGCCGCCUCGCCUAUGAUGCUGCUCUGGCGAAAAUGCAGAAAGCAAAAAAAGAGGAUUCCCGAAUCGAGGAGGAAUUUCGGACUCAGAAGGCGAAAUAUGAAGAGGCAAACGAAGACGUAUACCGUCGAAUGCAGGAUAUUAAGGCCUCAGAGGCCGACAGCAUUUCGGAUCUCACGUCGUUCUUGGAAGCGGAGCUGAAUUUCCAUGAAAGAUGUCGUGAAGUCCUUCUUCAGCUGAAGAAUGACUGGCCCGCACUUCAAUCUCAGGCGCAGACACCCAACGGACGCCGUACUGGUCGUCUUCGAUCGAAUACUGCUCACUCAUUCCACGAACGUUAUGAAUCCGUGAAAGAGGAGCCUUCUGCGGCAUCUCCGGCACCGCGUCACUCCAUAAAAUCAAAUAGGUAUUCCAUCUCAAACCCGUUGGAUACCUCUUCCAGGGAAUUCUCUUCCGAUUCGGCUCCACAGCGACCUGUCCUCAACAGAGCUCCUACCUUCGAAGGACCUACCCAGCUACGGGGAGAUCCGUCGCCUGCUACGUCCCAAGCACCGAGUGGUGCUUCUAACGAGAACCUCUCUAUUCGUACAGCCCGCUCCUCUCUUCGACCAGUUAGCAAGAUCUACGGCGAUACCUUUGAUCCUCAGGAUGAUUCUGCAUCAUAUGGCAGCCCCUAUGAUGAGAGAUCUGCCUCUCCGGCGACUUCUCAAGGCAGCGCUUUCUCGCGAACUCCGAGUUCUACUACGGUAAACAGUGUCAUCGGAAAGAAACCUCCGCCGCCUCCUCCCUCUCGUGCAAAGAAACCGCCGCCUCCUCCGCCGCCGACAAAAAGAAACCUGGUUGGAGCAUGUGAUGUGUAA